GUGCCAAGUGUGAGACUCACUGUUUGACUGGUGAGGAAAGCCCCAGUCCAAAGCGCCAGAGGCUGUCCAGUCAGUCUGUUUUGGAACAGCUGACCUCAUCCGCCCCCCCACCAUCCACCCCGUCUCCCCCCAUCCGCCCCUGGGAGUCAGGACCCCCAAGUCGAAGGCAACCUCACCCCCACACGCACUACCAUCAGGAGAGAUGCCUCACUCCUGCUCGGCACAGACGCAGCCCGCCAGCGAGGCGCCAGCGCGGCCGUCUCGCCAGACCCACCCGUCACAUGCCUCCCCAUCACCACCCCUCCACCCAAGGCCCUGCACCUCGCCUGUCGCCAUUAGAGCACCAGGAUGAAAACUACCACCACAACCCCCAUCCCUCCACACACCAGGCAUACCCAACACACACACCCAGCGUCUAUGGUCAGCCUCCUACAGUUGGAGGGGCAGGUUUGGAGGAGCCCCGAGCUUUCCACCCUCCCACCAUGUCGCCCCGACUACUGCACCCGGCUUCCCACCAUCAUCACCUUCACCAUCAUCACCCGCAACAGCAUCAUGCAACGCAACAGCAGCAAGGAGCCAUGGUCAUGGACUUGCAUGAACAGCUGCAGCAGGCCAGUGUACCAGUGUCCUACACAGUGACCCCAGUCCCUCCGCACAGCCUGGCAGCGCCUUUGUGCAGCGGCCAGCACCUUCCUCCCACCUGUUCCUCACAGCAAGUCCCCGCCUGCAGUGUGGUUUUCAGCACUGGACAACACUACCACCCGAUGCUACAGGCUUGUUCAAUGCAACAUUUGCCGGUGCCCUAUGCCUUUCCCUCGCUGCUGUCCAGUGACCCUCAGUUCCUGCUUCCCCAUCCACCCCACCUCUCCCACCACCCGCCCCACCUCCCCACACCCGCACAGUUCCUGCCUUUCCAGACGCAACAGCCACGAUCGCCUUUACAGAGGAUCGAAAAUGAGGUUGAUAUUCUGGGAGAGCAGCUUUCAGUAGGUGGAGGCUUCAGCUACGCCCAUCAUCACCACCACCACCACCACCACCAGCCUCACUCCACCCUGCCGCCCGCCACACCACUCCAGUUCCUCUCGCACCAUGACCCCCUGUCGCAUGAGUUCUUUACAGUGCCCUAUCCCCACUUUAUGCCUCGCCGAUUCACAAGUCGGCGUUACCGCUCUCAGCAGGCUGUGCCCCCAUCACCCUACCACCCCAGCUUCCUGCCUUACUUCCUGUCUAUGCUUCCCGUGCCCCCAAAUGUGGCCCCCACUAUCAAUCUAGAGCUGGAUGUUGAUGACGGAGAGGUUGAGAACUAUGAGGUAGGACAAACUGCUACCUGUCAACCAGUAAUGAUGUUAAUACGUGAUACACCUAAGGAUAUCAUUUUGGUUUUUAAAGUGACUUCUUCUUCUCUCUCUCUCU